UCUUGGCCGAAGGGAGUUUUCAAGCCUAUCACAAAUAUUUCGCAAAUGGCUGGUACCCAUCGUGACUAUAUUCUCUCCAUAAUACAAUUUCUCGAGGGAGCUAAUUUACAUGAAUCUGCACGCAUGGUGGAGAGGGAAUCAGGAUUGUUCUUUAACCUGAACUACUUUGAGGACUGCUUCAUCCGAGGAGCAUUUCAGAAAGCGGAGGAGUAUGUGAGCAGUUUCACAACCGUGCACGAUGACCACUGCUCAACUCGUAUCAUCCACGAGAUCCGGUGGCACAAGUUCUUGGAGGCCAUGGAUAAUAAGCGAUAUGAUGAUGCAAAGUCCAUUCUCGAAGAGUUUAAGGAUUUCGAGCGGUAUAAUCCUAAUAUAAUCGCUCAGAUGACUGAGCUAUUUGAUCUUGAAAAAUUCAGGUCAUUCGAAGGGCUGCCUGGAGACCCAGAACUAGAGAGAAGGGCAGCAUGGGAACAUAUUAAGAAAUACUUGAAGGCCAAUCCGCGGCUAGCCGGGAAGCUUCGGUACCAGGUGGGGUCUCCCAAUUUUCGUGGUUUUCUACCAGUGAUUCCACCAGCUCAAGCAGCUCAGUCAUCAGCAUCAGCUGGAUCAGGGCCGCAGGGAAAUGGGAAUUUGAGGAUGAAUGGGAAUCUUCCCUGCUGCUGUCCAAGGAAUAGGAGGGUUUAGGGUUCGUGUUUUUUUUUAAUCCCUUUGUUUAAUGAACGCUUUGUUUCUCAAAAAAAAAAUUUGUUUUUUUUUCUUUGUUUUGUUUUUUGAACUUAUGUGGUUUAAUUAAUAAGGUUUUUAUUUGUGCCGG